UAACGUUGAUGAUGGCGGCGGUGGACCAGUCUCUCCUGGAUCUGACCGAUAAAGAGACCCGUGAAAAGCUCUCUUUGUGGGACCACCGCUCCGAUGCUACGGCGCCGUUGACAGAGAAGCAGACGGACUCCAUUCUGGAGAUCCGUGCUGCCGCUGAGGCGCUCCCCGUACCCGCAGAGCUGCCCAUCGAGGACCUGUGCAGCCUGACGUCCCUGUCCUUGCGCUCGCCGUUCACGGCCGCUGUACCCGCCUCCACAGAGGAUGUCCUACUGAAGGGCUUCCAGUCUCUGGAUCUGGAGAACACCAGGAUAGAGACGGCACAGCAGUUUUUCUCCUGGUUUUCCAAGCUGCAGUCACAGAUGGAUCAGGAUGAGGGAGCAAAGUAUAGGCACACCAGAGACCAUCUGAGCGGCUAUCAGGAGCAGUGUGACGCCAUUCUGAAUGACGUAAACACGGCUCUUCAGCACCUGGACUCCCUACAGAAACAGUACCUCUUUGUGUCUACUAAAACAGGGACUCUACAUGAGGCCUGCGAACAGCUGCUCAAAGAGCAGUCAGAACUGGUGGACUUGGCUGAGAGCAUACAGCAGAAGCUUUCAUAUUUCAAUGAGCUGGAGAACAUAAAUACGAAACUGAACUCCCCAACUCUGUCUGUAAACAGUGAUGGUUUUAUACCCAUGCUGUCCAAGCUGGAUGACUGUAUAGAAUAUGUCUCCUCACAUCCAAACUUCAAGGACUACCCAGUUUACCUGACCAAGUUUAAACAGUGUCUCUCCAAAGCCAUGCACCUGAUGAAGACCCACACUGUGAACACACUGCAGAAUCUAACCAGCCAGCUCACUAAAAGGGACCCGCUGGGCAUGGCGAAUGCAGACAACGCUUUUACACUCUAUUAUGUCAAAUUCAGAGCUGCUGCACCCAAAGUCAGAACAUUGAUAGAACAAAUUGAGCAAAGAUCAGAGAAGAUACCAGAAUACCAGCAGUUGCUGGGGGAGAUCCAUCAGUGCUACCUGGACCAGCGGGAGCAGCUGCUCAGCCCCAGCAUCACCUCCACCAUCACGGACCUGACCAGCCAAAACAACAAGGACCACUGUGCACUGGUUCGCAGUGGCUGUGCAUUCAUGGUUCAUGUGUGCCAGGAUGAACACCAGCUCUACAACGAGUUCUUCUCCAAACCCACCCCCAGAUUAGAUGAGCUGCUGGAAAAGCUGUGUCUCUCUCUCUAUGAUGUGCUCCGCCCCCUCAUCAUCCACGUGAUUCACCUGGAGACGCUGUCUGAGCUCUGUGGCAUCCUGAAGAAUGAGAUGCUGGAUGACCACGUCCACAACAAUGCUGGACAGCUGGGAGCAUUUGACGCGGUCGUGAAGCAGAUGCUGGAGGAUGUUCAAGAGCGACUGGUGUACAGGACACACAUAUACAUCCAGACCGACAUCAUCGGCUACAACCCUGCACCCGGCGACCUGGCCUACCCUGAGAAGCUAGAGAUGAUGGAGAAAAUCGCCCAGAGUCUGAAGGAGGAGCAACUUCGACUGGCGUCUCCAGAUUCCUCUUUCUCUGACGUGCAGCUGGAGGAGCCACAGGCAAAGAAGAAUGUCAACUCAGGAAGUUUGGAGGUGUCUCGGCCUCUGGCCUCCAUCUCUCCGGCGGACCUGCACGGCAUGUGGUACCCCACCGUGCGGCGCACCCUGGUGUGUCUUUCCAAACUGUACAGGUGCAUCGAUAGGGCAGUAUUUCAAGGCUUAUCCCAAGAGGCUCUGUCUGCCUGCAUCCAGUCCUUACUGAAAGCCACUGAUGUCAUCAUCAAGAAUAAGACUCAGAUUGACGGGCAGCUGUUCCUGAUCAAACACCUGCUGAUCAUGCGUGAGCAGAUCGCCCCCUUCCACACUGACUUUGCCAUCAAGGAGAUCUCUCUGGACCUGAAGAAAACGAGAGAUGCGGCUUUCAAAAUCCUGAACCCCAAGAAGGUUCCUAGUUUCUUUAGGCUAAACAGUCAUAAUGCCAUCCUGGAAUUCCUGCUAGAGGGAACACCGGAGAUAAAGGAGCACUACAUCGACUCUAAGAAGGAUGUGGAUCGCCACCUGAAGUCCAGCUGCGAGCAGUUCAUCCAGCAGCAGAGCCGGCUGUUUGUGGGGAACCUGGAGGAGUUCCUGACAAAGGUGUCUGCGCUGAAGACGAUGGCCAUUCAAGGAGGCCCGACCUAUAACCUGUCACAGCAGCCUUGGGCUCAGCCAGCCAAGAUCAAUGACUUGGUGAUGUCCACGUACCGUGUAAUGAAGACCAAACUGCCUGGAACCCUGCAGAGGAUGUCCCUGUACCUGGCCAAUAGGGACACAGAGUUUAUACUCUUCAAACCUGUCAGGAAUAACAUCCAGCAGGUCUUCCAGAGACUGCACACACUGCUGCAGGAGGAGUUCAGUGGGGAGGACCUGCAGAUCAUAGCCUGUCCUUCAAUGGAGCAGAUCAACUUGCUGCUGUCUGUGAAUAAGUAGCUCCUAAUGGCCCAGGAGGAGGGGCCUCCUUGGGGGUGGGGCCACAGAAGACUGCUUGGUCCUUAAGACUGCUGAGACCACAGGUGUGGGGGAGGGGCUAAGCUUGGCCGUGGCUGAGGGAGGGGCUACGCUUGCCCUUGGCUCAGAAGCUGUAGAGAUGCUAGAAGAGAGGGGACUGAGCGACCGUCGCCGGUGAGGGCGGAGACACUCUACGAAAGGGGUGGAAAAGAUCCACACAGUGGAGGGAAAGAGCCACCAGCAGACAUGAGUCUGCCAUAAUGACAAUGAAGGAAUAAGAGGGCUGGGGUUGCACAUAUACAGAUGACCAAUCAAUGGAGCCGGCGUGUUUAUACACACCUUAGAUCUGAAGUUUCCAUGAUCUGCCUUUCUGUGAAUACAUGGGCCUGUUUGUAUAUUUGGGGUGAGAGGGGGAGGGUGAAUGCGAUGUCACCCAGUGUGGUGGCCAGACACCCUGUGCCUCAUGUUGGUCGAAUUCUGACAGUAAUGAUGGGGGGGGGGUUCAUUGGCAUGUGAUUUAGCUGUGUAAAUGGCACAUGUAGUUAACAUUGAAACCCGGCGCAGUGGGUUUUGGGAUAUUAAUCAGAGAUGUAUCAGGUUAUAUUUCAAUGAAUCAGAUUCAUAUAGCUCUAAAAACAUAUAUUCUCUAAAAACAUCAGCUUCAUUUUGCCAUAAUGAUGUGGUUUACCAGUUUUGAUAUCCAGAAUUGCCCACCAAGCAAAUUAUAAGCAUGCCAGUGGUGAAUCUGAUUUAGUUAAAGCCCAGACGAGAACACCCACAUACCCCAGAGCAGGCAUGCCAACACAGUGGUCAAAAAAGCUUCAAGCUUC